AUGGUGCCAAUAAAAAAGGAAGCCUUACAGAAAUUCUUUGCCGAACAUCGGUUAACCAUAGAACUAAGACCAAAGAGGAGUCGGUACUCCUGUGCCAUCAAACUACGCUUAAAUAUUGCACCGAAAAGCGAAGAUGACUACAUCACUAGGAAUAUUCAGCGUAGGACUGUGGGUGGCGUUGUAUACUCCAGCCCAGAGAAUACAUCCCUUACGUGGUCUUCAAACUUGAUUACUGUUCCAUUAAUCGAUAUAUUUGAUAUUCAGCAUUAUCUUUGCACCGAGUCCGGUUGGACUAAAGAACGUUUUAACAACAGAAAGAAAGAGAAUAGUUUCAAACUAUUUUCAAAUGGACAUAUACAUGGUGUUGAACUUUGUAAUCUGGAAAAUGACAUGUUGUAUAUGCGUGCCAGAUGUGUGCCUGAAACGCGGCAGUCUGGGGACCCCUAUAAGCUGUGGGUACUAUUGAAUAAAUCAGGCCAAAUUUUCUCAGCGGAAUGCAAAUGUAUAGCGGGUGAUGGAUCAUGUAAACAUGUUGCAGCUGCACUUUUUGGAAUUUUGGCCUUCAGCACCGAUCUUCAUGACAGUGCUGGUCCAUCGGUUACUGAUGUACCAGCUUACUGGACGGCUCCAAAACGCAUUUGCAAGCCAGUGGCUGUAGAAGAUUUAGAUAUUAGAGCUGAUGUCACUACAGCACGCUCUGAUGGGCCUACACAUCAGGAUGGAUACUUUCCAAUUCCAGAGGAUCAACUUGAUAAAAAAAGGAUUGAAAAAGACAUGGUGAAACUUUUGAAAAACUGUAAAGUUCCUGGUGUUGCCUUAUACACGUUAUCUGAUUCAGAUUCAGAUUUAGAGGACAUCGAAUUCAAAGAGAUAAUUUUAAAAACAUAG